GGUUCGAGCAAAGGGGCAGCGCUGUGCUCCGUCUCCAGCGCACUGAACUGCCCAUCAGAUAUCAAAUAUGUCACGUCUCUGCUUUUAGCAUUUAAAGGUGGCCAAUGGAAAGGUUUAGGAACAGUGAGCAUGGACAAGCGGCGAGGAUGCAGUGAACUCGAGGGAAAAGGAAAACUUGAACGUUUAUGUGGCUGGAAAAGAAGAUCUUAAGUGAGCGCAUGAAGGUGUAGGCGGUUUGUACAGCUCACCCUCACCUACUGUGGGAUUACAAAGCGAAAUCCAAGUGCACUUGAUUAAACAGAUCCAUACAUACAGUCACCUCAUUCCAGGAUUAUGGAAUUUCAUUGAAUCUGAUAUUAACCUCGUGUUUGGAUAUGGAUUCGGUGAAAGAGCGAGUUUUAGCCCCCGGUAAGGCUGGACUGAAGAAUCUGGCGGGGAAGACUCUGGCACAUAUGCAAAGAGUUAUUGAGAAGAAGCAGAAGACGGGAGACGUGAUGGAGCUGACGGAAGAUGGCCGCCCCAAAGAGAUUAGAGAGAGGAAAGCGCCGCUGAUUGACUGCGCGUGCUUUGGGCUUCCUCGCCGCUACAUCAUCGCCAUCAUGAGUGGCCUGGGCUUCUGCAUCUCCUUCGGAAUCCGCUGCAACCUCGGGGUCGCGAUCGUGGACAUGGUCAACAACAGCACCGUACACCAGGGCGGCAAGAUCAUCAUCAAAGAGAAAGCGAAGUUUAAUUGGGAUCCGGAGACGGUGGGGAUGAUCCACGGCUCCUUCUUCUGGGGUUACAUCGUGACACAGAUCCCGGGAGGGUACAUCUCCUCAAGACUGGCAGCCAACAGGGUGUUUGGGGCAGCCAUCCUGCUGACGUCAACACUCAACAUGUUUAUUCCGUCGGCGGCGCGCGUGCACUACGGCUGUGUCAUAUUUGUGAGGAUAUUACAGGGCCUGGUGGAGGGCGUGACCUAUCCAGCCUGCCACGGUAUAUGGAGCAAGUGGGCUCCGCCGUUAGAGAGAAGUCGACUGGCAACUACAUCUUUCUGUGGUUCCUAUGCUGGUGCUGUUGUAGCCAUGCCUCUGGCUGGGAUCCUGGUGCAGUAUUCAGGCUGGUCAUCUGUCUUCUACAUUUAUGGGAGUUUUGGUAUUGUCUGGUAUGUGUUCUGGAUCCUGGUGGCUUACGAGAGUCCGGCCGAACACCCGACUAUUACAGAUGAAGAGCGGCUUUACAUAGAAGAGAGCAUUGGAGAAGGGGCUAACUUGCUUGGGGCAACUGAAAAAUUUAAAACACCCUGGAGGAAGUUCUUCACUUCGAUGCCUGUCUAUGCAAUUAUUGUGGCCAACUUCUGCAGGAGCUGGACCUUCUACCUCCUGCUCAUUAGCCAGCCAGCAUACUUUGAAGAGGUGUUUGGUUUUGAGAUCAGUAAAGUUGGCAUGUUGUCUGCUCUGCCUCACUUGGUCAUGACCAUCAUAGUGCCCAUAGGAGGCCAACUUGCUGACUUUCUACGCAGCAAUAACAUCAUGUCCACCACCAAUGUCCGGAAGAUAAUGAACUGUGGAGGAUUUGGGAUGGAGGCAACACUGUUGUUGGUAGUUGGUUAUUCGCACAGUAAAGGUGUGGCCAUCUCGUUUCUGGUACUAGCAGUGGGCUUCAGUGGCUUUGCCAUAUCAGGUUUUAAUGUGAACCACCUGGAUAUUGCACCCAGGUAUGCCAGUAUACUGAUGGGCAUCUCCAAUGGAGUCGGCACACUUUCUGGAAUGGUCUGCCCUCUCAUAGUGGGCGCAAUGACCAAAAACAAGACUCGGGAAGAAUGGCAAAACGUGUUCCUAAUUGCCUCCUUGGUCCAUUACGGUGGUGUGGUGUUCUACGGGAUCUUUGCAUCAGGCGAGCAACAGCCAUGGGCAGAUCCAGAGAAAACCAGUGAGGAGAAGUGUGGCUUCAUCGAUGAAGAUGAGCUUGCUGAAGAAACCGGUGACAUUACACUUAGUCAUACUCCAUUUGGAGCCCAGGGAGCCUUUGGGGCUCCUCAGAAAUCAUAUGGGGCAACAACUCAGCUGAACGGGGGAUGGGCAGGAAGCUGGGAGAAAAGAGAAGAGUUCAUCCAGGAUGGAGCUGUGCAGGUCUAUCCUCAGGGUGGAGAUGGAUACUCCUAGGACACGGGGGCUGGUUACAUGAAGGAAGAAGGUCACUACAGUUGUAAAAUCCUAAAAUAACUAAAAGACAGUGGUGACUGAACUAAAAUGUACCAGCAUACUAUAAAAGUAUCUGCAGGGGUUCCUCAGAUAACAAACUAUGGUUUGUCCAGACAAAUUCUGAAAUGAUUAUACAGGAGUUAGGGAAGAUUAAAACGCUGAUUAUAUGUAGAAAUACUUUAGAAAUACAGUUAGAAAAGUAUUUAUGUAAUAAACCAAUCAUUUUAAAUGCAAUCUAAAAAUGAUAAUACUACUUCUGCAGUAACAUAACAACUUAAACAUUAAAAGUCAAAUAUUUAUAAGAUGAACUUAUUCAAGUUCCAAUUUUAUACGUUCAAUUAAAUAUAUAUGACGUACUGUAUACUAUUAAACAUUUAUAAGAUAUAGAAAUGGAUAUUUUAGUAGCUGCCCUAUAGGUCACUGUAGGUACACAAUUACUAUCCCAUCUAUUGCACAAUGUGUCAGCCUUCAUCCCUGGCCAGUGGAAAAUGGCCAGUGUAGGUGGUGUAGGACAGUUCUCAGUACAGCAGUGACACUGACAUGACAGUGACAUCUUUUAAUGAAUGUUCCUAAACAAAUAUAAAUAAAUAUUAAGCAGUAUAACCCCACAGUCUAAAAGUCAGCAGGAUAUCGAUAUAGAACCAUCAAUGUUCCACAGUAAAAGACCGGUGUCGUUUAUUCAGUACUGGUAGACCUGAAUAGCACAGACUACUUGGUUCAAGUUGACCUCAUAGAUAAGCAUUAUUGGCAUUGGAGGAUUUUCAGUCUCAGGUUUCCAGAGCACUUUUGAUCUGAAACAGUAGGUUGCCUAGUCUUAUGUGAUACACUGCUUAUUUAGCUCCGGAAUUCAAGGGUGAAGGAAAAAGUUUACGUGUGAUAUUUAUCUAAAAUUAAACAGAAUAUAGUAGAAUAGUAUAUAGUAUAUCAUUUGCAAAAAAUGUUAAUGUUCCUUAAUAUAUUGUGAAUGAAAUGUAUAAUUUUUUUCAUGGAGCGUUUCAUGUGAAGAGUAUGUGUCAACAGCUCUGUAUCACUGAACAUCACUGAAGUGCAAUCUGGUAUCCAUUGUGGCACAAAAUUCAUUCUAUAGCACUUCUUUACUUUACUUCUGUACUUAAAUGGCAGUGUGUUGUAACAGUCUUGUAUUGCCUCGCCACUACAGUUUGUACUUUAACUAAUAUUGAGCCAGUCUUUAAGACACAUAUUGUACCGAUAUGCCAAUUUUACCAGAACCUUGAAUUCACUGACAAGUAUUUCCUAAAAAGUGAUCUCGUUCCUUGUCUGUGUUCGUAUAGAUCUGCUGUGUCUGUGAGACUGUGGUGAAGUUGGGUUGGUGAUCUGUAUGCUAAUUGUUAUACAAAGGCCAUAUUUUUAUAGACAGCACCAUAUCAAGGAGCUGUUUGUUUAUGAAGUGUAUUGAGAUGUCUAAUGGCGCAUGCUAUACGUGUUGUCCAUCAUGAACGUGUGGAAAGCAUCACCUUCAGUUGAAACUUUCAACAGAAUACAUUUGUAGUUGUAGCGUUUUAAACCUCCAUCCAAAGUUGGUGUGAUUUGUUUUGAUAGGCUUUAUAGCAAUGAUGGGCUUCUUGUCUAUGUUAACUUGAUAUGCUACCAAGCACAGGCUCAAGAUUUACACAUCAAUACCUGAAAUGGUUGAUGGGGGAAAAAACGAAAAAGAUGCAUUGCAAUAACUUUUUAAAUAGCCAUCAUAACACAGUGUGAUGUGGUUCCUACUCCGGUCAUAUUAGUUGUUCUUAAAGUGCUGCAAGUUAAACGUCAUGUGGAUUUGUAAAGGAAUGGCUUAAAUCUAGCUUGCUACCUUCAGGGGACACAUGCUAUUAUAUUAUUCAGCAUUUUUUGCAGUUGGAACAUGAGCCAUGACUUCAUGCUUCUCUAAAAUGGACAGUCUAACUGGUCCAUUGGGUGGCACAAUGAAAUAAUUAACCAAAGCCCUAAAUAUGUAUAUGGAGAAGACGAUAUAUAUAUAUAAAGAUAUGUAAAGUAUUUAUUCUGAGGUAUUUCGAAUAUGAUAGACUAUAUCGCAGAUAGAUAAUACAAACCUAUACUCGAUUCCUUACUCACAAAUGACAUGUAAAUGUUCUUAUCUUCUGUUGUGUCGAAGAAUCAUUUAUUAAUGGCAAAAAGUGUUAUACUGUACUGUAUAAUUGCUCUUUAUCAUUUUAGAUAAAAUGUGCCAAAAUAUCCCAAA